GAAAAAAUUCUUCCAUAUGAACAAUCAAUCAUAUCGAAUUCAAUAUUUUUGGAUAAUGAAGAUGAUGAAUCAUCGAGUAAAGAUUCAUCUACUGGUCGAAUUCAAAAGAAGAAUGUUAAUCAUAAUAAUAAUAAUAGCAGGAACAAUAAGGAAACAAACUUGGACAAGUUGGCCAUUCAAAGACAAACAUCAACAACAACGACAACGGAAUUACCUCAGAAAAAUGAUAGGCUAUCAACAACAUCAAGAUUAUAUGGAAAAGAUUCGUUUAACAGUAAUCGUCCAUUGAAACUUUAUUUACCAAAAGAACAAAAUAAUAAUAAUAAUAAUAGUGCCAAUUUAGGAGUGAAAGGAUUCAGUAAAAGUUCACGUGUUGAAACAUGGUCAACAAUGAUUGCAGCAGCAGCAUCAGCAUCAUCAUCAAAUGUUGCUGAAUGUUGCGAUCUAUGUCAAAUGGAGCUAGAAAAUUGUGAUAAAUGUUGUAGCUUUUGUCAAGCUAUUGAACAACAUAAAAGGAAAUUUCGUAUCGAAUUUCAGUGCGAAAAUGAUGACAUUGGCUUUAAGAAUAAUAAUAUGACUACUACUAUUGAUGAUGAUAUCAUUCUUGAUGAUAUGACCCUGAAAAAUUUUCAUACAAAUUUUAACAAUAAUAAUGACAAUAGCUCAUAUGCAUUCACCAAUAAUAAUAAGGAACGUUUACUUAUACAAUCAACAGAAUCAACAAACAACAACAAUCAACGGCUACCACCACCUCAACGUUGUCCAUCGGAUCCAACGUUUUUUAGCCGUAUACGUCGACUUAGUUGGCAUUCAAUAUUUGGUAGUUCGCGUAAAAAAUCAAAUAGAUAUCGUCUCUGGAAUCGUUUACGUACGGGUAGUCAACGAUUAAGAGGAAGUCGACGAUAUUUUCAGAAUAAAAGUCGAAUUUUUCUUCCACAAUCACAAAAUGUGAGCAACAAUACCUAUCCUUCUAAUGAUCAUCAACAUUGUCAACAAAAAUCAAAGGAAAAUGGUCCAAAGAAUUUUGAUAAUCGUUAUUAUUAUGAUGAACACUAUUUGAAGCCACCAAUCGAUCAACAACAUAGGAUAAGACAAAUAAAUAAUUACCAUAACCAUCAUGAGAACAAUCACAAGACCGUAAAAAAAGAGAACUACAAUAACAACAACCUGGAUAAUUCGACUCAAACGAAUGGGAAAAUCACUGAAACGAAUGAUGAUGGUGAUGAUUAUGAAGAUAAUAGACGAAAUAUGUUAAUGUCUCAUGCUGUGGAAAAUGUUAAAAUUAACAAUCAUAAUAAUAAAACAAAAUCCGUGAUCAAACAUCAACAACAUCAACGUAAUAAGCUGAAUAAAACAAUGAGUCGAGAACAUUCAUCGGCAUUUGUUAUUGUCGAUGAUGAUGAUGAUGAAAAUAUUAAACCACAUCCAUUGAGACAUUCCGAAUUGCAAAUGAAAUCGAAUUUAAAUAAUGAAAUUCAACAACAAAAGAAACAACUGUUACAUGAUCCAACCGAUUUCAUCAGACCAUUUUUCAUUAGCCAUCCUGGCAAACAGACGAAUUCAAAAUCGAAAGCCAUUACCAAUAGCCAACAUCAACUUGAAACGAAAAUGGCUGGACUUGGUCUCAACGGCAUUAGUAUAUCAUCGGAUUCGGGAAUGGAAGAAUAUGAUUGCCAUUCAAGUGCUGAACAUAGUCCUUUGGGAUACAAUCAUAGCCAGAACUUCAACAAUGUACACGAUUAUCAAAGCACGUGGAUUCAAUCAAGUUAUGAUCCAAUAAUGCAACAAUCUGAUAUUUCAAUGGUUCGUGGCAAAAAUCCGAAUUCCUUCAUAAGUGCUGAUAAAAUCAAUGGUCAUUCGACUAAAAUGGCAAAUUCUAAAGCGAGUCCUAUUCAAUCAUUAAUAAGGCCAAAUACCAGAGAUUUUCGACGUCAAGCUGGCCAUUGGUCCAAUACGAAUCUAGAAAGCCAACUGAGCUUUAUUCCAUGAUAUUAUUUUAUAUAGCAUAUUAUAUUGAUUAAACAAAUCCAAAUAAAUUGCAAUAACACACUGUAAAUAAAGAAUGAAAAAGUAUA